CGGGUUGUUUCUUUUUUUAAAGAAAGUGUAACAUGAAGUCAAAAUGUAUUUUAUACUACGACUUUUCGGUUUGUUGUGUGUUUUUUUCCCGUGUUUAGAUUUACUAGAAGCGAACACACAUUUUCAUAUUUCGUUUGAACUGAGAUGAGAAGUUAAGCUAACAUCUGUUACCGGCUGACGUUUACUUAAUUAAUUAUUUAUUUAUUUUCACAGUUUACGUUUUUCGGUUACUCUAGCAAAUACCUUUUAACCGACUUUGUUCCCAUGUUUUCAGAAAAUCAUUUUCCUGAGUUAAAAGUUUCCGAGCCAACUAGCUCUGUUGCCAAGGGUUGGGUCGUGUCCAAAAUGGCUCUCCUUUCCCUACAUAGGUGCACUGCAUUAGAAAUAAAGUAAUGGCCACUUGUUCACACUACAUAGUUCAUUGUAAAUCCGUUUGAGAUUCAGCCUUCUUUGCCCAAAGUCGUUACCUUUCUUGGCUGUUUGAAGGUUAUGUUAAACCGGUUCUUUGUCGAAGCUUGGUUUCUCAGCAAUAAUCAAAAUUUUAACUUUUCAUUUGUCCUCUAGAAAAUCGUGUGAGAGGUGUAUUAAACCAAAAACUCAUGUAAAUACGAUUCUCCUUUAAUUAGUCAUAGCUAACAUACUCAUUUCCCCAAAAUAGUCAGACUCUGUCAUUGCGAUUUUAUUCAUUCUUUCUUUUUUAAGUACUUCAGAUAGUUUAGCGUAUUUUCCAACAAUAUACUGACAACAAUGCACUGCGCAGUCGCUUGUCUUUUUUUUUUUUAAUGCGGUGGUGUGUCGGUAUACCAUGAUACGAAAUCUUACCCUGUUAUACCGAUAACUGAGCUAUAGAGCUGAACAGUGAAGCUCUGGUGAAAUAGCCAGAAAUGUUCUUCAUGAUUGCUGGAGAGAAUGACGUUGAUCAAGCACGAGGUACGAGAUGAACAUUAUUACAGUCAGCUCCAGAACUACUGGCACCCUUGGUAAAGAUGAGUGAUGGAAACAUCGAUCCUAACAGAAAUAUCUGUUUUUUUUUUUUAAGAAGAUCACGUGCCAGAAUUAUUGUCAUCACAAAUACUUUGCUCGACCUCCCUUUUCCAGUAUAACAGCACUGAGUCUUCUAUAACGCUUGAGAUUACAGAGCAAGCAAUGUGAGACCCUCCUCAAUACAGAAUCUCUUCCCGUCCUCCAGGGUCCUCUCUUUGGGACUCUUAUCUUCGGGUCACCCCAGAGGUUUCCCUGAAGAGGUCAGAGGACUGGGAACGGCCACGAAAGCUUGAUCCCAUGGUUACUUAAUAUGUUUUGUGUGGAUUUGGAUGUAUCAUUCAGAUCAUUGACCUCCUUGAAGAUCCAACCACAGGCCAGUUGUAGCUUCUUGAAGCUAGACUUUCAUCUCCUGGUAUUUCAUGCAGUCCCUACAAGCUUUCCAGGGUCUGUAGAGGAAAAACAGCCCCACAGUUAACACUGAGGAUUAGGUUCUUUUCUUUUAAACCAGGCUUCUUUUUAGAUUAAUGUGUUUGUUGCAGAGAGCUUUAUUUUUUUUUCUUCUGACCUUAGAACCCAGUUCUAGCGAAAGUUUCAGUAGUGUCUAGUGAAAUCCAGGUGCAUAGAAUAGUAGGCGUUCUUCUUCUCACCCUUUAAAUAGUUUGUUGGCAUGGAGGUGGUGUCUAAUGGUAGAUUUGCAGACUUUCUACUAGCUUUUGCAAAUUGUGAUCCUUGGAGAAGUUUUUGCCUCUUUAAUCAUCCUCGUCUCUGUGCGUAGGUUCAUAAUACACUUUCAUCCUCUCCCAGGCAGAUUCAUUACAGCUCUGUUUGUUUUAAACGUCUUAAUUAUUGCCCUAGGCAUUUUCAGGCAUGUAGCUGUUUUUCAUAACCUGAUUCACGUUGGUCAGUGCACUUUUUUGUCUUGUUUAGUUCAUGUAUCCUCUGAUCUUCCCCAUACUGAUGAAUGGUUAAGGGAAUUUGUCCUCUGUUUCUCCUCAUAUCUCCUCCGCUUAAAGUAAAAUCUAACUGGGAACAUGCUACAGUUACAUUUUAUUCCUAAGAAUUUCUAGGGGUGACAGUAAAUGUGACAAAAUGGUUUUGUUAAAAAUACUUUUCGAUGAGGGUAUUUCUUUUUUUAUUUUCUUGAACAAAUUUACUUCAGCUAAAGGUUAUAUUUCUUUUAGAAUUUCAGCAAGAGAUUAAGCUAAUUAACUGCAAAGACAUCUUCCCCAUCUUUACAAAGGGUGUCAGUAAUUCUGGAGCUGACUGUAUUUGACUAGGUAUUUAAUUUAGCUAACAUUAGUGAUAUUUUGCUAUUUGGGAUGGCAUGAGGCCAUGGCAGCAUAGUCAUAGAUCCUGGUAUUUUUAGGGUAAAUAAGUAUAGAAAUGGUCCUAGGCCAUUGUAGUCAUUUCUUAGGCAACAAAAACAUUACGAAGCAAUUUACUACUCUACAUAGAUUGUCUUUAAUGGUUCCAGGGGGUUUGUUAAGACCUGUGUUUAACCGUGCUACAAUCCUAAAGUGAGACCCACCAGUCGCACAAUUGUGAGUUUGUGGAAACAAAUUGAAAGUGGAGAGAAACUGGCAUAACUUAAUUUAAAUAAAUCACAAUUAUUAGUUAAUUUCUUUGUAAAAGACAUUAGGUACAGUCCUGUAACUUUGUCCUAUAUGCAUCUGUCUGUGAUUUUCAAUAACAACUGGUUGACGUAACAUUGACUUGUCCUUGUAUCCAGCAGACUAAACUUUUUGAUCCAAACGGGGUCAAAGUCACAGCAAGGUCAAAUGUCCGAAAUAGUUUUUCUUCCAUAGUUUCUUUCCUGUUUGUACAGAGAUGCUUUUUAAGAAUUCACAGUCAGGGACUCGAGACCCAUUUUCUAGCUAUCUACGAAUUUUGCCCUCUGUCUCUGUCCAUGAGUAGGAAAUUCUUGUUAGUGCAAUAUCUCAGAAAUAAGUGCUUAAAUGUAGGAUUUGCCCAGAUUUAUUUAUGAACUGAUGACAUUUUGCCAUUGAUUCAAACAUGGUCAAGGGCUGUUUUACAGGUCUUUGAGGCAUGCAAAGUAGUAAUAUGAAGGACUAGACUUGCUGGUGGCAGAGACAUCACAGAGAAAUUUCCAUAAGCAAAACCACUGAAAAAGCAUGUAUACCCAUGGUUCUUGUGCAAGUCUGGAAAUAAAAAAACAAACCAUUUAUAUGGAUAUUUACUAGACAAAGUAAUAUAAACUUUGAAACACUAUAGAUCUAAAUAUGUUAGUGAAAUCUGUUAAACUCUAUUAGUGAAAAGAAUUUCACUGGCUUCUUCUUCUUCUAGCUUCAGACAAUUCCUGAUUUUCUGUGUUAAAGUGGCCUCGCUAAUUUAACGUUCUCACUUUUCAUGCUCCAGGUAAUAACUUUUAAAAAUAAAACUAGAACAAGAAAAAAUUACAGAAUAAAUCAUUAAUAAACCAGUGAAGGCUGAGUGAUCUGUGAAGCUAGUUCUAAAAGAUAAUCUAGUAGAACUGAGUAAUGUUUACUUUCACUGCUGCUGCUCUGCUUUAUGACAUUUAAUGUCAGACUCUUUGAAAAUGGGAAGUAAUGUUGAGUUAUACGUUUAUUAUAUCUAGAUUUUUUAUUAUUUUUUUACACCACUUCACCUUGAAACAGCAUGUGCAGGAAAGUCCUCUCUCAUGAUGAGGCCAAAGCUGUUGCUUCAUACGUGUGUGUACCGGUAGUUUGUGAAAAAAGGGAAAUAAGCUCUUUCUCAGACAGAGACAUCAGCGGAAAUGAGCUACGUUCAACAGUAACUCGCCCUGUUUAUGCUCCCAUCUUUCUGUUAACACAUCUGCGUCAAGAGUUUGGUUGUUGAAGGCUUUUGCAUUUUUUUUUUUUUUUUGCACUGAAGGUUAACACCUGCUGACUGAAGCGUAGUAGUGAGUGGGUUAUUCGCUGGAAAAAGCUCAGUUGCAGACUUUCGCUCUGAUCGAUCAUCCUGAAGGGGAAACACCUCUCCAAAGAUUGCUGCAUCGUUCCAGUUCUCAUCUGCCUAAGUAUUAGGAUGGGGUAAAGACUGAAGUGGACACCUUUGUCACAUACACCUGUAGCAUUGCCUGCCUGCCUGCCAUUUCCCCUGACAACAGGUGGUGAAUGCUGGCACCAUGCACGGACCUCGAAGAAAGCUGAAGGUCGUUGUGAUGACUAUAAUGACUGCAUUCUUCUUCAUCAUAGUGGAAGUUUCGAGAAGCUCCAACCAAGAUAAAAAUGGCCGGCACAAAAUUCGAAUCCCCACCAAACCAUUCUGGGGCAAACUGGCCCCCAACGAGGCCUUCUGGAACCGCCAGCAGCAGAAACUGGACCAUUUGUACAACCCGAUCCUGCGUGGACCAAAUGCCACACUCGGUGGCCUUCUGUCAGACUGGCUAAACAACACGGUUGCCCAGGACUCCUGCAAGCCGGACUUCCAGGUUAUGACACAAGUGAAGAAUUUUAGCUUGCUUCCAGAUCGUUUUAAAGACUUUCUGUUGUAUAUGCGAUGCAGGUCUUAUCGCAUGGUCGUAGACCAGCCUCAGAUAUGCAAAAAUCAGCCGUUCCUGCUGCUGGCCAUCAAAUCGUUGGCAUCACAUUUCGACCGGCGUCAGGCGAUACGAGAAUCUUGGGGUCAAGCUGGUCUCUUGGCAAAUAAGACCAUUGUGACUGUAUUCCUCCUUGGCAACGCCACUGCUGUGGACCACUUCCCAGAUUUAUCGCCGAUGUUAGAGUAUGAGAGCUCCAUGCAUGGAGACAUCCUUCAGUGGGACUACAGGGACUCCUUUUUUAACCUAACCGCUAAAGAGGUCCUUUUCCUUGAGUGGUUCAACACUCGCUGUCCGGAUGCUAGCUUCAUAUUCAAGGGUGACGAUGAUGUCUUCGUCAACACUUUACUUAUUAUAGACUUCCUCAAGGGUCUGUCCCCUGCCAAGGCACAGGACCUGUUUGUUGGGGAUGUAAUAACAAAUGCUGGACCUCACCGGGACAAGAAAGUUAAGUACUACAUCCCUGAAAACAUAUUUGUAGGGAGGUAUCCACCAUACGCAGGUGGUGGAGGGUACCUUUACUCCGGAAAAGUGGCUAAGAGGCUUCAUGGGAUCAUGAACAGGGUGCCGCUGUACCCCAUUGAUGACGUCUACACAGGCAUGUGCCUGAGGAAGCUGGGCCUUGCCCCGGAGAAGCACAAGGGUUUUCGUACUUUUGGCAUUGAGGAGAAAUAUCGUAACAACCCGUGUGCCUAUAAGAGCCUGAUGCUGGUUCACCCAAGAAGUCCGCAGGAUAUGAUAAAAAUAUGGGCGUGGCUUAAUGAUCCCGCUUUAAAUUGUCAGUAAAACUUCACACGAGGCCUUUCAACAACCUCAGGGUUGCUAGUCUGUAUUUGGCAGCUAAGAUUAUCAUUAUUAUUAUUAUUAUUAUUAUUAUUAUUAUUGUUCAUGUGUGAGAGACGGUCUGUUUGUGCAUCUUGUCUCUGAAGAGAUCAAAGCUAAUGGAGAACAUUUCAAAAUUCUUUAACUUCAUGAAUAUCUCCAGUAGUGUUACAGGUUUUUACAUAUGGACCAUACAUUGCUCUGUCAGAGUAAUUUAUGUGCUGAUGUAGUACAUGCUAAAGACAGUUUGAUCAUGAGAAGUUCAGCUGGUUUGAACUUGGUGCAGUAGAAAAAAGAAAUCACCAUAGUCAAGCAUGUUCUAUCAUUUUUAUUUAUCUUUUGUUUGUGUGAUACAGGAUAGUAAGUGUUGUUGAAAACUGCUUGUGCUGCUUUGUUUUUCCUCCCAAAGCUUGAUUCGUGAAGGUUAAGCUAAAGCAUUACACAAAAAUGACGUGCAGUAAUCAGCUCCACUUGAUUAAUGUGUUGUGAAACCAUUGACUUAUCAGUGGUCAUAUCGUUCCAGUGGUGUUGAUUCUCACACAUGUUGGCCGGUUUCGGUUUUUUUUUUUUUAAGGUUCACAGUGUGUCAAUAAUGUUUGAUGUACCCCAGGAGUGUGGCCUUUUUUUUUUUUUUUUUUUUUUUUUUUAAAUGCCACAACUACAGAUAAAGAAGAAUGAAAUGAGUUCAUUACAGUUCUGUAGAUCGGUUCAUGUGAAUUUAGGUCAGAGAAUAAGUAUUGUGGGUCAGGAAAGUGGCGUGUACUUUUCUUGGUCAUGUAAUGACUGAUGUUAAAUGGAGCUAUUGUAUGUAAUAGGUUAUUUAUUCCUUUGCACAGUCAGUUUUUAUGUUUUGAAUUUAAUCAAGACGGCAUGUUAUUGUCUGUCCAGCCAAAGUGCUUCAUGCUGCAUCAACUUAAUUCCGUUCACCUCUUCGAAUGGAAGCUGUAUGACACCAAAACACUUGUGCCUUUCACUGAAAAAGCAAGCUUCAAAAGAAGAGCAUUUUCCCAUUUCAGUAUUCAUCUGUCUGUGCCUAAUGUGACGCACCUGGAUACGACGUGAAACCGGGUUGGAAAUGUGGUUUGUUUAUAGUUUGCUGUUUGGGUUUGUUUGUCAGAGACCCAGCAUGAGCAUGAUGUGCUUAUCUUUUUCCCAUCCCAUGACCGAGAGCAGUGCCUCUUAAUGAUCGCUGUCACUGUUCUUUCACCAUCAGGGCACAACCGAGAUGUUAUCUAUGUUACAGUUACACCUGCUGGGUAGGUGUUGCAAACACACCCUGCUCACCUUUUUAAUCACGACACUGGAUUCCUCUUCCUCCGACAUGGCACUCGAGCACUCUAAUCUGAGUCUGAGUGGAAUGUUGAAGUGCACUGUUGGUUCCUUUUCCUACACGGUCUGACAAUGUUCUCCACUGCUGAACAUAAAAACCAAAAUAUUGCACAUUGUGCCUGCUUGCAGUAAAAAAAAAAAAAAAAAAGUUCCUCUGAAGUAAUGUUUACACAUCAGGAUAGAUAAAUAAAUGGUCAAAGACAAAUGACUAUAUAUUUAUAGACUAUAUAGGUUUAACUGCCAUUAUUUAUGAACCAGUGAAACUUUCCAACUGGAGUUCUGGUUUUGGAAUCUUGCAGUUCUUGAACCAGGACAGAGCUAAUUCUGCAUACUGAUCAGCUUGAAUGAUCGUGUCAUAAAGAUUAUAUGUUUCAUAUUUCAAUGGGUAUAGUAGUGACUUGUUUGCCUCUCUUGGAACCCUUAAACAUCCCUGGAAGCUCAAAAAAAAAAUAACCCAGGUCUCGUUAUUUUAGGGAACACUUGCUGAUACGGACCAAAAAUUAGACUGUUGUUUGAUUAAAUGUUAGAUUAUAUGAAUAGAAAAUUUUAUCUGGGAUCAUUAUGUAUAAUUAUGAUAAUUAUCUGAUAAUAGACGUGACCUGAUUAUGCUGGAACGAAGUGGUUUUCACCGAGCUUCGAGUGCUUGUGCCACAUUUGAGUGAUAUAGACUUGUUCUUUUUUCUUGCAUCAUUUAACAAAGUGACUCAGGUCUAUGUUUUCUGUAACUGUAAAAACACAUGAAGCAGUUUUAAAAGGGUGCCACGAAAACCAAAUCAAAGCCUAUUUUAUAACAUAACAAGGAGACACUGACUUUUUUUUUUCUUUUUUUUUUUUUUAUGCGAAUGUGCGAAUUUCUCCUGCUGUUGUUUAUUGCUGACUUAUUGUCUAUUUGUAACUUAAUAUGCACAAUUUUGUUUCUCUGGCUGAUUUAAAUAAAAUAAAACUUGUGUUUUUGUAUUU